AUGGGUAUUUCUCGCUCGUCAAGGCACAAACGCUCUGCUUCUGGAGCUCAACGCGCUCACUACCGCAAAAAGAGAAAGUUCGAGCUUGGUCGUCAACCCGCUAACACCAAGCUUGGUGCCAAACGUAUCCAUACCGUCCGUGUCCGUGGUGGAAACCUCAAGUAUCGUGCGCUUCGUUUGGAGAGUGGGAAUUAUUCAUGGGGCUCUGAGCGGGUUACACGGAAAACAAGAGUUAUCAGCGUCGUCUACAACGCAUCGAACAACGAACUUGUACGAACGAACACUUUAGUCAAGGGCGCUAUCAUCCAGAUCGAUGCAACCCCCUUCAGGCAGUGGUAUGAAGCACACUAUGCCCAACCCGUGACGAAGAAAGGCAAAUCUACCCAGACUCAGGCUACUGCUGAGGGAGGCGCUGCUGAGCCCAAAAAGCUGUCCCACCAUGUUCAGCGAAACUUGGACGAGAGAAAGAAAGACGCCAAGAUUGACCCCCUUAUAGAGUCCCAGUUCGCUGCUGGCCGCCUCUAUGCUGCUAUCUCAAGUCGGCCAGGUCAGUCUGGUCGUGCUGAUGGCUACAUUCUUGAAGGCAAGGAGCUUGAGUUCUACGUCAGGAAAAUCAGGACAGGAAAGCAGAAGCACGCCCACGGCGCUUAA